AUAUCGAUUAUAUAUUACCCAUAAGCUAAGGCGCAGAGGAGUGAAAGAAGUUCUUGCCAUUUAUUACAUGCUAAGUGGUUCCGCGGUAGAUAGAAUCUGAUUGCAUACAUCAAUGUGUUCAAGAUUCCAAUAAGUUAGUCACUAAAUAUAGCAUUAAUAUGUUUGCGUUACGACACUUGCGACUACAGGGUAGGUCCAAAAUUAAUUUGUCGUAUACUGCAACAACAGCAGCAGCAACAACGAAAACUACAAAACACAUGCCAGCUGUGCCGGCGCGUGUCUAUGUGGGUCUGCAUACAUACACCAGCGAAUACAGUAAGCCAAGAUUGUUGAUGCUACAAGAGCAUAUGACAAAUUGGAGGCUACACCAAAGAACCACGACUACGCUGUCGGAACCUUCAAACCAGGAGAAGAAGACGCCGCAUAAAGCAACACUUUUACAGGAACUGGCUGAUGCCACUAAGCCAUACGCACAGCUGAUGCGUAUUGACCGGCCUAUUGGAACGUAUUUGCUCUUCUGGCCUUGCGGCUGGAGCAUUGCUCUGAGUGCAGAUGCCGGCUGUUGGCCAGAUUUUACGAUGCUUGGUCUAUUUGCCACAGGCGCGUUAAUUAUGCGCGGCGCAGGCUGCACCAUCAACGACAUGUGGGACAAAGACAUCGAUGCUAAGGUGGAAAGAACGCGCACACGACCACUGGCCUCUGGACAGAUUACGCAAUUCGAUGCAAUAGUAUUUCUCUCGGCGCAGCUUAGCUUGGGUCUACUAGUGCUUGUGCAACUAAACUGGCAAUCUAUACUGCUGGGCGCCAGCUCGCUUGGACUGGUCAUUACGUACCCACUAAUGAAGCGUGUCACAUACUGGCCGCAGCUCGUGCUCGGCAUGUGCUUCAACUGGGGCGCAUUGCUUGGCUGGUGUGCCACCCAAGGCAGCGUCAAUCUGCAAGCCUGUCUGCCUCUUUACCUGUCUGGUGUGUGCUGGACCAUUGUGUAUGACACCAUCUAUGCCCACCAGGACAAGCUGGACGACUUGCAAAUUGGUGUCAAGUCCACAGCGCUACGGUUUGGAGAGAAUACCAAAGUUUGGCUUUCGGGAUUUACAGCAGCUAUGCUAGCGGGUCUGACGUCUGCAGGCUAUGCCUGUGAUCAGACCCUGCCCUAUUAUGCUGCAGUUGGCAUCGUUGGAGCGCACUUGGUGCAGCAGAUCUACUCACUGAACAUAGACAAUCCCAGUGACUGCGCCAAGAAGUUUCUUUCCAAUCAGCAGGUGGGCCUAAUUCUAUUUCUGGGCAUUGUACUGGGCACUCUGCUGAAGUCAGAUGAUACCAAGAAACAGAGUACAGCGUCAACAGCAUCUGUGACAGCUCCAUCAUAUGUACCUUUGUCACAAUCAAAGCAGGAUGUACUGAGCUGAGCGCUUGUAAGGCUCUGGU